AUGUCAGACGACUAUGGAGUGAGCACAGAGUUGAUAUUUGGGCUCAGGGACGUGAGGUUGUGGCUAAAGACAAGUACUCCCUAUUUUGAGAAGAUUUUAUGUAUAUUUCUGCUACAGGAAUUAAGAGGGACCAAGUCUUUUAUAUUCUCUGGCCUGUACGCUGCGAUCGUAUUUGGAGGGCAGCACUUCAUGAGGGAAAGGCAAAGACUGAACCUGCGUCGCCCGCUGGUGUUGUGGUCACUCAGCCUGGCCAUUUUCAGCAUCGUAGGAGCGGUCAGGACCGGAGCUUACAUGCUGCACCUCCUCACAAACGACGGCUUCAAACAGUCGGUGUGUGACAACAACUUCUACAGCGCUCCCCUCACCAAGUUCUGGGCCUACGCCUUUGCCCUCAGCAAGGCCCCCGAGCUGGGAGACACCGUGUUCAUCGUCCUGCGGAAACAGCGCCUCAUCUUUCUGCACUGGUACCACCACAUCACCGUGCUGCUUUACUCCUGGUACACCUACAAGGAUAACCGGGCGGGCGGCUGCUGGUUCGUGACCAUGAACUACAUGGUUCACUCUGUCAUGUACACGUACUACGCCGCCAGAGCGGCCGGCCUGCGGGUGCCGCGUCCCUUCGCCAUGGUCAUCACGGCCUUGCAGAUCCUGCAGAUGGUGAUGGGCCUGGCCGUGCAGGGCCUCGUGUACCACUGGAUGCACGAGUUGCACUGUCCGUCCCACCAGGACAACAUUGUGUGGGGCUCUCUCAUGUACCUCAGCUACUUGAUCCUCUUUGCCUACUUCUUCUACAACACCUACCUCAAAGGCUCCCCCAGCGACAAAGUGUCCAAGAAAGAGUAGCGCGCCUCCCUGUGCUCGGGGUCGUAUUAAAGGCUCUCAACAUCCUCCUCUUCUGACUGCAGCUCAGAGAGGAGGACGAUUUGGAGCAUUUUAAUGUGAUCUCACGAUGAAAGCGAGGAGAUUGAGGGGCAUUUCUGUAACUGUGUUUGACUAAAAAUAGCGCUGUCGUCAUUUAAACGAUUGCCUUGUUUACUUAAACUCCUUUAUCUAAAAACAGCCAUAUGAGGGCCAAAUACUGUCAGAGGCAACUGACACUUGUUCCUGUGUUUUUAAAGAAGAAGUCAUUGAUUUAUAUGUAAGAAGAAAUGCUUAAUUUUACUUUAAUUGAGUGAGGAAAUGAUUCGUUUAGCUCUAGUUAGCUUAGCAUAAAGGCUGGAAGCAGACUUUCCUUUCCCUGGAAAACUGACUUAUUUAAACUCUGCAUCUUUCUGUUUAACCUGCAAAUGAACAAAAACAUAAAAGCAACAGAUUCUUGACUCCAGCUCUAACAAACAUCUUUUACAGACGGGAUCCUGUUAAAGCGUUUACACACCGCCUGCUCACUGUCUUUAUGCUCGACUAGGAUAAACAAUCUGCACCAAAUUUGCACCAAAUGUUGAACUAGCCCUUUAAAAGUGACACGGGGGCAGGUACUAAUCUGAUGCCGUAAAAAUGAGCAUCACGUGGCGCCUGCAGGCGCAGAAACUGUAACACCUGUGUCCACCUGUGCAGGUUAGCAAGUAACAGGGAGUGAAGACUAAUGCACUAAAUGGCAGAGGAAUGUUUUCGUGCACGUAAACGUGCAGG